CCAAAACAUUUCUGUUAUAUACGACCAAAUAGUAAAACAAUAUAUGCCUCUUCUACGAAAAUUCUUCAUCGAAUGUAUCUAAUGGAGUCAUCUUCUUCUCUCCUUCUUCAUAACUCUUACCUCUCUUACUUAAAUCCAAAAUUUGGAAAUAGACCUUUUCUUUCUUUUCCAUUAUCGCGGAUUUCGCGAAAUCGCAAACCAACUCGCAUUUGUUCUAACAAGAUGUACGUUCCCGGAUUUGGAGAAGCUUCACCGGAGGCUAAGGCAGCGAAGCAUCUUCAUGACUUUUUUACUUACGUUGCAGUGAGGAUAGUGUCUGCUCAGCUAGAGAGUUAUAACCCUGAGGCUUAUAUGGAGUUAAGAGAAUUCUUAGAUACAAACUCUGUAAGUGAUGGCGAUAAAUUCUGCGCUGCCCUCAUGCGUCGCUCUUCACGUCACAUGAACUUAGCCCUCCGAAUUUUAGAGGUACGGUCUGCUUAUUGUAAAAACGAUUUCGAAUGGGACAACUUAAUGCGUCUCGCCUCCAAGAACGUGGAUCGAUCUAACACAAAACUCAUGCGUGAAUACGUCUUAGAGACUAGCCAUGUCGAAACUGAUCCCGAUAAGUGAAUGCUCAUUUCUCUUCAAAUCACACUCAUAUAUAUAUAGUCUCACAUAAAACCGUUUGUACAUAAAUACAUAUAUACCAUUGUGCUUGUGUUAAUACCUUAAAUCCUAAACCAUUACUUUUGAGAAUGACCAAAUUAAUCAAGAAUCGAAUCUUAUCUGUGAAAA